UGGCACUCGUGCAAGUGGGUGCGCUCGUCAUCAUCCCAGCGCAAGCCCAACACACCGCCUGCGGAAGCACGGAUACGCCCACCCUGGCCCCAACGAUGACCCCGACGACGACAACCAUCAAUCCGCCGACCGUCGCUCCAACGACUGCUGCCCCAACGACCACGACGCCCGAUCCGAUAUCCGACAACUUCUGGGUCCACCACGACGGCUAUUCACUCUCAUACAACUGCGCUCGCCGCACGGCGGACCGGUGGAACUUUACAUUAACCACGGACAAGCUGAACGCGACUCGACCGUCGUCAUUUUACGUCGACCCGACGAUUCCGAGAGAGUGCCAUCAAUUCACGACCAACUCGUAUGCGAGCGUCCGAGCUGGUUACGACCGAGGCCACUUAGUCGCGAGCUCCAUGAUGACAGACAACCAGGAACAGAGACGCCAGUCCCAUUACAUGACCAACAUCGUGCCCCAAGUGUCGAGCUUCAACCAAGGCAUUUGGGUAAACACGGAAGACAUCGAGGCGUGCUACCGCAAUCUGAACCGCAUUUGGUCGUGGGGCGGCAUCGUGUACACGGACGAGGCGAACGACUACUUCUACGAGAGCCACGGCAUCCGCACACCCGACUUUUGGUGGAAGGUCGUAUUGACCAAGGACGAAAGCGGCCAAGACAAGAUCAUCUCGUGGUACUUUCCCAACCAAGAGAACUUGGGGGCGCUCGACCAGUACUUGGUGUCUGUCAACGAUAUCGAAGCGCGAUUGAACGACAACUUGGGAGGGAUUCCAGUCCCGGCGGCCGUCAAGUCGUUCAAGGCGACUACGAGUUGGGCCAAGCCCGCAGGUUGCACCCGCAGUUAGGUGGUCCAUGGUAGCGUAGUGGAUGCGAAAGCCCUGUGCACUAACGACAUCUGCGACGGCUUCUAGAGUAAAUAAAGAUGCCCGCCGUCGUGCAUGCA